CCACUGCAGCAGCUGCCACAUGUGGUAGUGGAGGUGUUGGUGCUGUUGCUGUUGGUGGCGAAGAGGCAGAGACUUGGGAACACAUCAAGCGACGUGACACUUCUUGCCCGCUCUUAAUUCAUUCAAACAUGCGCUUCCAGGCUUUCUCGCGCGUUCAGAGUCUGGUGCGUGCUGUGGGAGGACUGCUCCCCUUACAUCGCGACCUGCGACUAUCGGCACGACACUGCAGUCCACUCGUGCCCAUCGUCAUCGAGCAGACUGGACGUGGGGAGAGGGCUUACGACAUCUACUCACGCUUGCUGAGGGAGAGAAUCAUCUGCGUGAUGGGUCCGAUUGACGACACGGUGGCGAGCCUCGUCGUGGCCCAGCUCCUCUUCCUGCAGUCGGAGAGCAACAAGAAGCCCAUCCACAUGUACAUCAACAGCCCAGGGGGAAUGGUGACGGCCGGCCUGGCAAUCUACGACACCAUGCAAUACAUCCUGAACCCCAUCAGCACGUGGUGCGUGGGCCAGGCGGCCAGCAUGGGCUCCCUGCUGCUGGCGGCCGGAACGCACGGCAUGCGCCACUCGCUGCCCAACUCGCGCCUCAUGAUCCACCAGCCCUCCGGGGGCGCGUAUGGCCAAGCCACCGACAUCGCGAUCCAGGCGGAAGAAAUCCAGAAACUCAAGCGGCAGAUCAACGGCAUUUACGCCAAGCACACGCGGCAGCCAAUCGGCGUGCUCGAGCAAGUGAUGGAGCGCGACCGCUACAUGAGCCCCAUCGAGGCGCAGGAGUUUGGUCUGAUCGACAAGGUGCUGGUGCACCCUCCCCCCGACGGCGAGGACGAACCCCAGCUCAUCAGCAAGGAGGGCGCGGACGACAAACCCGAGCCCUGAGCCAGUGUGGUGUGGCACGACGCCGCUUGACGGGCAGCGUCGUGCGAUGCUGCGUUACACUGCAUCAGCACUGCAGUGGGUCGCAAUGCUGCGCUGUAGUAUCACAACGCCUCCCUGCAGUGUCACAACGCCUCCCUGCAGUGUCACACAACUCCACGCUGUAGUAUCACACAACGCCUCCCUGCAGUGGGUCACAACUCCACUGCUGCAGUGUCACAACUCCUCACUAUUCAGUUAAUUAAUAUUCAACCCAACUUAGCAUACAAUACUUUUCUUUAAAAAUGUAAGCACUAAGUCACGCAGCAUACAAGACUGCGAUUUAAAGCUGAAGUUAUUGGUGGCAAUAAUUGUGCCAUGUUGUUGCAUCCCAACCCGCACUGACCAGCAUGGUGAAGUAUGGUCACACAACCUCCGUGACCGACACGCGUCAGGAGGCCUACAUCCAGCAGCGGAUUGAAAAUGGGCCGUGAAUUCUGAGUUGUGGCAACCCGCAGCAUUGUUUGAGAGUGCUGCCACACAGUGACCACACCACUGGACAUGCACUGCAAUUCAGAGGUCACCGGUUCGAUUCCAUAUUCCGGCGUGGCAGUUGAAACAAUUGAGAAAGUUUUGUUUAAAUCCCUCCCCCCACUCUACCCCUGUCCAACCAGCUAAUAUAAUAAACAGUUACACCUCGGUUAAGUCAAUCAGCCGGUCGCCUGCGUUGGGAUAACUCAACUUAUUUUGCCAGGUAAGGCCCGACUGAGCGAUAUACAGCUCUUCAAAGCCACCUGGCUGUCACUAUAGCUCAACGAAGUGGCUUAUCACGUGGAAGUUUAUUGCAGCCAAAUCCUUUUCAACGUGUGGCGGUUCCAAAUGUGGAGGGAAAAACUGAAGGACCCGGAGAAAAAUCCACGCGACUACGGGGAGACACGCAAACUCCAAAUAUACAGCAGCAGACGUCAUGGUCGGGAUCGAGCCCAGGACCUCCUGUACACCAGGCGAGGGAGUUAACAUCUCGUAGCCACCGCGGCGCCCCUGAAUGUCGCGUGUGGGGACUCCCACUUCUCGCCUCGUUGGGUCAACGUGGAAGGCUCUUCCGGCAGCAGCGGCGUGAGCAAAGCAAUUGCAACGCUGCACGUGUUGCGUUGUUUUACCGUUGCAUGAAUAAAGGUUGCGGUUUGCGUCCGUAACGUGCAGCUUUUGUUCAAAAUCAUUGUUUAAAUGUUUCAUGUCGAAUAUGUAAUCACUGGCCCAAUGGUCGGAUGGGGGUCACGUGAGAUUAACCAUGUCGGCAUGGCAAAGAAUUGGCAUUAAAUAAAAGGUUAAUUGCAAAUAUUAAUGAUUCGUAAUAAAAUUGGAUUGAUCUAGCUUUACAAAGUUAUUACACUUGAUAUUGUGUAUGGUUUUAAAGAAAAAUCUACAAUGCCCUUGUAUGUUUGGUUUUCGACGAAAAGGCCACAAUUCUCUGCCGAGAUCUCCUGCCUGGUUUCGAGUGGCCUGUUGGGUCUAGAGGACAUCCACUGUAAUGUGCAACUCUCGUGAUAAAAACGAGUGACAUAUUUGCAGAGUUUUACGCGGAACGCCGCCUCUUGCAGAACGUGCAGACUUCGUUGCGCCAUUCCACUUCAGCUUUGCGCGACACUGCUUGCACAACAGUACAUCACAACGUCACACUGAUAAGAAGCACCUGGCAUCAUUGCAUCGCGAAAGGCGGGGUGCUGGAACGCGAUUGUGGCUGGCGACUUCAUGUCACAUGGCCCACAUCUACAUGAGACCCGCUACUUCUAAACGACAUGGAAAUUAUGUUUUUUGGUAAUUGCAGGGAUCUUAGCCACACUUAUAGGGUAAUGUUCUUGGCUCGUGUACGCGUUCGAUCGUUGAUUAUUUUUUAAAGUCAUUGAAUAAAGCCAAGGUGUACGUGUAUGCACCUCUGAUUAGCACGGAUGGUUACGUAUGGUGCGAAAGAAGGUCAACAUUUAGUAUAGUGCGAGCGUGGUUCUCAAAAGGUAUUUAAUACGAAAAUUCUGUAAUUCUAUUCGGUCAUCGGUAGGGAAUUAGUUCCCCACCCUUGAUUUAAGGUUUUUGUCAGAAGGCUGCAAGCUCACAUCUUGGUUGGAGGUUGACUUGGCCCAUCUUUGCUCCACAGCCAACAACAAUAUAACAACACAAUCUUUGUGAUGUGUAUAUAGUAAGUGUGUGUCUGUGUACAGGAGCUCAAUGGUUUACUGUGGUGCAGGCCAGAAUGUGGGCUUGAACCGAUUGUUUGCGAUAUUUUGAUAAUGGAAAGCCCGUUGAGAUUGAGUUGUAAUAAAUAACUGCGUGGGAGCAAGCAGUGUGAAACUCGCGUCUUCGGUGGUAAUAAAAACUUCAAAUCUAGAUUAAACUUCAAAUAUAGAUUGGUGGUAAUAUAGUGUAUGGUUUUGAAAGAGGAAUCAAUUGUCACGCACCGCGAUAUUGUAAAAUGGUAAAGCGGAUAAGCAGCGUGGCUCUGUUGUCAACUUGGCUCACAAAAACUCUAUGCAAGUUUAUAACUCGAUCAUUUGGAUCGGCAAAGUGUAGGAGUUCUCGCACAAGCAAUUAUUAGGUGGGUAUUGUGCAGAUACAUAAACAUGCUAGUCGGUCGAUAUGUAUACAAAUCAUGAAAUGUGAAAAAUGUAGCAAAUGGAACUCAGAACUUUUGGUAAGUACGCUGACAAUCACUUCUUCAAGCAAUAAAACAUGACGACAA